UGUGUGUGUGUGUGUGUGUGUGUUUGUGUGUUUAUUUUCAUUUUACCUUUUCUUUCUUUUUUUUUUUUUUCAUCAUUGACAACGAGUUCAAAAAAUAAAAGAGUGAUUUCACGCACGCUUCACUAAACAAGUAUGGACUUUAGUGUUUUAUCUCGGUACGAUGACAUGCUUGCAAGUUAUUUUGUCGAUAGUUUAUACCUUUGGUACGAUACACUUCGAAUGAAUGGCGAUUUCGUUGCAACCACCGUCAAUAAACAAGACACCGUGCAAAAAAUACGAGAUCAUAUCAUCAAUGUGAACUCCUCUCACAAAACUAUCAAAGACGCGGUCGACAGUUUCUUAGAAAUACCUUACUUUAGUUCAUUUAUCAAGGACAUGUCCAGCAAACAAGUCAGUGAAUUCACCCAUCACAUGAAACGAUACUUGUACAUGUACAAACCCAACGCAGGAUUUGAAGUGGGUUCGACAACACGAUACACAGGCAAACCGGAAGCUUGUAUAUUAGCCACUAAAGAUUGGACAGCAGGAGAACAAGUCACUUGUUGCUUAGGAUCUAUUGCUGAAUUGACAGAACAAGAUGAUUUAAAGUUAAAGCGGGAAGGCAGGGAUUUCAGUGUCAUGGUCUCUACCAGAAAGAAAUGCUCUUGUCUCUUUCUUGGUCCUGCUCGUUUCAUGAAUCAUGAUUGUGAUUCGAAUUGUGAGUUUAUUUUAAUUGGUCAAAAUGCCAUUACGUUUCGAGUACAAAAGGAUAUCAGUAUUGGAGAAGAAAUGACCGUAUUUUAUGCAGAUCAUUAUUUCGGAGAGGAUAAUUGUGAAUGUUUAUGUUCCUCUUGUGAAAGGUACAAAAGAAUUGUUAACGAAAGACGUUCAAGUCAUUAAUCACAGAAGAGUAGAAACAAGCAGGGUCAUUUUUCCGUUUCUUCAUCAUCAGAAGAUGGUGCAACACCAGAAAACGUAGAUCCACAACUCAAUCCGGAGGAUCAAACAACUCGAAGGAGUACACGUAAACGAAAGGACAUUAGUUAUAAAG